AUGGCUCGCCAAUUUAUUUUGCCUGUCAUUUUACAAAUUGUGUUCCUCAGUUUUACACUGAGCGUUAAAGUUUGUGACAACCAAUUUGAUUACGACAAUCCUUUCACGACCAAUUGCCACGACGAUCCAGAUGGCGAUGCCUCUCCGAAAGAUAUAAUAGACAGAUGGGGAAUUUCGACGCAAAUCGAACAUACCCUAUACACCCCGAGCGGUUACCAAAUCUACAUAAUACAAGCAGUACCUUUGGAUGCAAGCAGUACCGCCGCACCGCUAGUAUUCGCACACGGAAUCGGCCUGAACAUGAGAGGAUUCCUCAGUUUACAAAACAGUACUCUGGCUUACAACGCACUACUUCAACAAAAACGCCAAGUUUUCCUCUUAGCAAACCGCGGUACCAUCUUCAGUACCGGCACUAACAAUGGCCUCACUAUGAACGAUUACAACUACUGGAAAUUCAAUUUUGAAGACAUUGCUUUAGAGGAGCUAGUGUUGGCUAUAAACUUGGCCAAACAACAAACUGGUCGUAACCCGAUACAUGUAGGUUUUUCUAUGGGCAACACCAUCGGUUUUGUUUUGUGCAGCUUAAAACCGGAUUAUUGUACUCAAAAUUUAGCAGGAAUUGUAGCUUUAGCUCCCAUAGCUUAUAUGGAUAACUAUAUUCCCUCUGCGUAUGGAUGGCUGUCUUUGUUCUGGCCAAUAGCGCAGCCAUUCGCUAAAAUGUUGUGGAAUGGUAACAUGAUGCCUAGGAAUCCCCAACAGACGAAAAUGUGCUUGACGAAUUCUAUCACAAUGAUGGGAUGUUACGUUUCUAAAGCGGUACUUUUUGGAUUCGAUUACGACGGUUUAAAUUGGCCUAAACUACCAAUUAUUUGGACGAAUAAUCAAGAUUCCAUUGGAGAGAACGUGUUCACGCAUUUUAGUCAGAACAUCAACUCCGCAAGGUUUGCUAGAUUCGAUUAUAAGAUUAAUAAUGUUGCUGUUUAUGGAACUCCAACUAACCCGGAUUACGAAGUAGAAAAAAUUCCGGUGAAGGUCGCUUUGUUCACCGGUAAAAACGACGCCUUGGCGACGGAAAAGAAUGCUCAAAAACUUUGGAACAAAUUACCAGUUGGAUCUAGAUGUAGUUUUACAAGUGUCAAUAGUCCUACAUUUGCUCAUGAUGGAUUUAUUAAUAACAAAAACUUGUAUACUCUGGUAGUACAGCCUGUUUUAACGACUGUAUCGCAAAUGGAACAAGGGAUAUGUAAUCCAUAG